AUGAAGCCGAUCAGAAUCGUCAGUUGUGGAUUGUCGAAGCUCAAUGGCGUCAAAACCACCAUUAUUGUCGCCAGUCAGAACUCGCUGGUUUCCCGUCGCUGUUUCUCUACCGCGGCGGAAGUCCAGUCACGAAGCAGUCCACCAGAACCGCCUCGCUCGGGGAAGGAGGGUGAAAUCCUCGACUUGAUUCAAUCUUCACUGUGGCAUUCCGUCAAGCACCUGGCCCCCAACUUGACAGCCUCUGUGAUUUCCUCCACUCUCCUUGCACUUCAGAAAUCUCCUGAUUCAGCUUUCCGGUUCGUUACUUCGGUUGAGUUUGAAUCUCUUGAUUUGAAAACCAAAUGCUUGGCUGUGGCUGUGGUCUCUAGGUCCCCCUCUCCGAAGCCCACUUUGCAAUUGCUAAAACAAACCAUUACAAGUAGAGUGGGUAGCGUAGGUGAAGCUUUCACUGAGUUGGUGGUUGCGCGGGAUAAGUUGGGCAGUGAAAGUACUUUAAUUUUUGAUUUGUUGAUCAGGGCUUGUUGCGAAUUGAAGAGGGGUGAUGAUGCUUUUGAGUGUUUUGAUAAGAUGAAGGAUAAGGGUGUGGUUCCCACGGUUGAGACUUGUAAUGUAAUGUUGAGUCUGUUUCUGAAGUUGAAUCGGACAGACAAGGCAUGGGUUCUAUAUGCGGAGAUGUUUAGGUUGAAGAUCAAAUCCAGUGUGUACACAUUUAACAUCAUGAUUAAUGUGUUGUGCAAGGAAGGGAAACUGAAGCAGGCGAAGGAGUUCAUUCCUUUGAUGGAUAGUUUGGGAAUUAGGCCUACCGCUGUUACCUAUAACACACUGAUUCAUGGGUACUGCACAAGGGGGAGAUUUGAAGCCGCUCUUUUGGUUGUGGAUCUAAUGAAACGUAAAGGGGUUGAACCUGAUCCCUACACCUAUGGUUCACUUAUUACUGGGAUGUGCAAGGAAGGGAAACUUGAAGGUGCUUCUCAAUUGCUUGAGAAAAUGAAAGAAACUGGGUUGCUUCCAAAUGCUGUGACAUACAACAUCUUGAUUGAUGGAUAUUGCAAUAAAGGCAAUUUGGAGAUGGCUUUUCGCUACAAGGAUGAGAUGAUUGGAAACGGUAUUUUGCCAACUGUGUCAACUUACAAUCUGCUCAUUCAUGCUCUACUUAUUGAAGCCAAAAUGGACGAAGCUGAUCAGAUGGUAAAGGACAUGAGGGCUAGGGGUAUUGUUCCUGAUUCUAUAACCUAUAACAUCCUAAUCAACGGGUAUUCCAGAUGCAUGAAUGCUAAAAUGGCAUUCAACCUACAUGAUGAAAUGCUGAGUGCAGGAAUUCAGCCAACACGUGUAACGUAUACGUCUCUCAUUUAUGUUCUGAGUAAACGUAAGAGGAUGGUGGAAGCUGACAAUUUGUUUGGAGAAAUUGUGAAGAAGGGCAUUCUGCCUGACCGUAUAAUGUUCAAUGCAUUGAUUGAUGGUCACUGUGCAAAUGGGAAUAUGGAACGGGGAUUUGCAUUGUUGAAAGAGAUGGACAAAAUGAAUUGUUUGCCUGAUGAAGUGACUUACAAUACCCUUAUGCAAGGCCGUUGCCGGGAGGGGAAAAUUGAAGAGGCUCGUGUUCUUAUCAAUGAGAUGAAGAGUAGAGGUAUUAAACCUGAUCACAUAAGUUACAACACUCUAAUUAGUGGUUAUAGUAAAAGAGGUGACAUGAAGGAUGCAUUUAGAGUUCGGGAUGAGAUGUUGAGUAUAGGAUUCAACCCUACACGCCUCACUUAUAAUGCUCUGAUUCAAGGUUUGUGCAAAAACCAAGAAGGGGAUCUUGCUGAAGAGCUCCUUAGAGAAAUGGUUAGCAGAGGCAUUGCACCUGAUGAUAGCACAUACUUUUCUCUAAUUGAAGGGAUUGGGAAUGUUGAUGAAUUCUUGAGCAGUAAGACUGCAGGACCAGUUUCAUUACAGGAAAAUGGGACACUGUAG